AUGGCCGACAUUUCGGGGAGUGAAAUGCAUAAACAGUCAGAUGAAACAAUUCUCUUGUUAUGUUCUCCCUGUAAACAUAAAGAAAGAAAUAAAGAAGCGGACAAAUACUGCGCUGACUGCCAUGAUUAUUACUGCUCAGAUUGUCUUAACAUUCACGAUGAUCUUCCAGCCUUGUCGGGACAUAAGAUUCUAGAUAAAUGUCAAGUCAAAGAUGGGACAAGCGGAACAUUGCCUGUCACCCCAACACAAAGGUGCGAGAGACACGGAUUUAAACUUGUUGACAUGUAUUGCCAAGGUCACGAUAACGUUGGAUGUUCUACAUGUAUGGCAGUAGAUCACAGGUCAUGCAACGAUAUCUUCGAUGUUCCAGAGUUUGUUCAAAUAAAUCAAUCACAAGCACAGACAAAGAAAACACUCGAAGAUCUAAACGUAGAAAAUGCCAAUUUGAAGAAAAUGCUAGAAACUCGUAUGCAUGACAGGGAGCGAUUGAUGAACGACAAACAAGAAGCAUUGCUAAAAUUGAAAGAUUUCAGAAGGGAAAUUGAGAUGAAACUGGAUAAGCAUGAGCAAACAAGUAUCGAACAAAUUGAGAGCAAAUGUAAUGUCAUUGCUGAGAAAAUAAAUGCAGGAAUAAAGGUCUUAGAAACUGCACAGAAAGAUGUUGAGCCUGCUGAGGAUAGAAUGGUGUCAUGUGAUGAUGAUAAUAAUAUAUCCCAAGCCUUCGUCUCUUCUAAAAUCGGUAAAAGAGCGAGCUAUUGGUGCUGCCAUAAAAUGUCGAGAAGAAAAAGCAACAGGUAAACAUGUAAUAGAUUUCGACUUCAAGAGAAAUGAAAUUUAAUGAUCUGCCUGAAUGAAACGGAAAACCUUGGUAAUUUAUGUCAAUCAAAUGAAAUCUACAAAGUAAAGAAGAAGAGAACAUUUAAUGUUAGACAUCAGUCUGACAUACAAACAUGUUUUAUUAACAGUGCAUGUGAACUUGGUGAUGGGUCUAUAAUUCUUGCUGAUUCCAACAAUAAGAAAUUAAAACGUAUUGACAGCAAUUGCACUAACAAAGAUAUUUGUGAAUUACCAGUAUCACCAUAUCAGAUUUGCACUAUUAAUACACAUGAUGUAGCUACCGUAAGUUUCGGAGGAAAUAUUAUAUAUU